AUGUCUUCCCAACAAAAAAUCAAGAAAACCCUUUGUGACAGUUCGGAGAACGGCGACGCGAAUAUUAGCAACCAACUUACCGUACAGGAAAAGCAAAACAUGAAGACGUUGACGAAACUUUUAAAUAAUCUCGAGACGAGGACGCGAGCGCUCAAUCUGCUAAGAAAGAAUCAACGCAUUGUUCAUCAAUUGCUAAAAUACUCCACUUUAGAGUCCUCGCGACUGGACGACACCUUUCAACUUUAUCAGCAAUUCAAGGAGCACUCGAUCGAAGUAUCUUUUGAUGAUAAGAGGCAAUUGACAUUGAAAUUUCUCGAGAAUUCAUGGAUCAGCGAGGCAAUGUCGGUGUUAAGGGAUAUGUGCGACGGUGAAGUCAAACCCAAUAUAUUUUUCAUUAAUAAAGUUUUUGCUCUCCUGAAAGAAUCCAGAAGUUACAGUGAAAUGUCUCGCUUAUUUCAUAGUAUUCCGGAGUAUGGAAUUCACCCAAACACACGCUCAUACACCAUGAUCAUACAAACCUGCGUACUCCAAGGGAAAAUGUCAACGGCCAUGGAGUAUUACGAAAAAAUGCAGGCACUUGGAAUAAAACCCAACAAAAUAACAUAUUUGGUAUUGAUUCAGGGGUUCGCUAGGCGGAACGAUUUGCAAAAUGCGCGUAGGCUGUACAAUGCGAUGUUAAGAACAAUGAAAGUGAGACCGACAUAUAAAAUAUUGAAUACAAUGGUCGACCUAUAUAUGCGCAAUGAAGAGAUCAAAAAGGCCGAGGAGACAUUUAAAAUAAUGAAACAUUUGAAAAUUCAACCCGACAUCUCAUUGUAUAACGUAAUAAUACAUAAUUCAACUCUUAAAUUAGACAUGAAGACUGCAAAUAGCUUUUACCAUGAGAUCAUCCGAUCCGGGUUUAAACCCGACAUAUACACCUUUAAUAUAAUGAUCAACGGAUAUAUUAAUUCGGGGGAUCAGGAGGGUGCCUGGAGAAUGUAUAAUCACAUGAGAGAACAAGGAGUUGAAUUGAAUGAAUAUGUUGGGAGCAGCCUGAUGCAAUUGCAUUACCAGGCACAGGAUUAUCAAGGUACCGAGAAACUCUUCAAUAAAAUUUUUGAUAAUCUAAUAUUACCACAGGCAGAGAAUCAGAAUGACGUGUCUACGCCAAGGCCCAAAUUAACACCAAACAUCAACCCGUUAACAAUCAUGUGGAAGAAUGGGCUUGCCAGAGCGCAUGACAUCGACUCGGUAAAUAAGAUAUAUAAAGAAUUUCUCGAAGUCAUCGAUAAUGCUAGCAAAGGAGAAAACCGAUUAUUCCCGGAUUCCAAUUCUUUUAACAUCUUCAUUUCAAAAUUUGCACAAGGCUUUGGUGAUAUGAAACGAGCUGAAGAGGUUUUCAAAGAUAUGUCGUGCAGAGGAAUUUGUUCGGAUGUCGCCACCUUCACGAUACUAAUCGAUGGAUAUGCAAUGCUAGGAGAGGUAGAGAAGGCAGAGGAAACACUUCGAACAUUAAAAUCAAGUUUGUCAAUCAAACCCAAUGUUUACAGUUAUACUAGUCUAAUUAAGGCUUGGAUACAGGUUCGUCGAAAAGACAAGGUCAAUGAAGUUUACGAAGAGAUGAUCAGGGAAGGAAUCAAACCUCAUAGGGCAACUUUAAGGGCAUUAUUGAAAGAGGUUGUUGAGAUUCCUUCGCCGAUGAAUAAAGAUUCAGAUGAAAAUGGUGUCGAAAAUUUACCGGCAAAAACCCCUCAGCAUAUUUUGGACACUUUGAUGUGGUCGGAUAGAUUAGAUAGGGCUCGUGAUGUAACUUAUGCUCACGAAAUUUUUAAAAAUUUUCUUAGACAAACGGACAAUUUAACAUAUCUAGGUCGAAAACCGCAAGUGAAUUCCUAUUCUUUUACCACAUUCAUAAGAUCGUUUGCUUUACGACACAGAAACAUGAACCUAUCGCUAAAGGUAUUUGAGGAAAUGCUGAGAAGGAAUAUCCCACCUAACAGCGUCAGCUACGGGAUAUUGAUAGAGGGGUAUGCGAGGUUGGGGGAGCCCGGAAAUGCAGAGAAAAUGUUUUUAGAGAUGAAAAAGAGGAACAUUGAACCCACCAUCAAAAAUUAUAAUAGUCUAAUUGGUGCUUGGGUUAAGGUAGGUAAGAGGGACAAAUCCAAAGAAGUUUACCACCAAAUGAUUAAAGAAGGGAUUUCUCCUAAUGAACAAACACUUUCAAUAAUAAAGCUGUUACAUUGA